UUUGUUGUGAAACUGUUUAGUUAACGGCCCUUGUAGAACAUGGCCAAGCAGUUAAGGUUAUGCCAACUAAAACCUUAACUACAUACACUAAAACAAUCGGUGUAUGUAGAGAAAGAGAGUGCAGGAAUUUCUAAACCUAAAAUUCCCUCUCUACAUUGCGGGGCUGAGAAGGACACUCAAGACACAUCUGAAGACAUGUUGCAUUGGACACUUCGUGACUGGAGAGUACAGCUCCUGAUUGUUCUGCUUUGGGACGGCGUCUGCGCUUCGGAAGUGAAACCUACAAUAAAGCCCCUGUUCUCCCGGAAGCCCUUUCUCUUCGCCUGGAAUAUCCCGACUCAGCAGUGUGGCUCCCGGUACGGCGUUCCUUUGCAGCUGGACCAGUUCCAGGUUGUGACCACGCCAAGUCAGGACUCCGUCGGGCAGAAGUUGACCUUAUUCUAUCACAACCGCUUGGGCUUGUACCCCUUCUAUAAGGCGGAUGGGACGGCGGUGCACGGGGGGAUCCCACAGAUCGGCAAUCUCUCGCAGCACCUCAGCGAAAUGCAGAAAGGUGUUGAUAAGUACAUACCAAACCCGGACUCUGUAGGUUUAGCGGUUAUUGACUGGGAAGAGUGGCGGCCCCUGUGGGUACGAAACUGGGGAGGCAAAGACAUCUACCGCGUACGCUCUCGUGAACUGGUGCAGCAGAAAAACCCAACUUGGUCCGAGAAGCAGGUGAAGGAGGCGGCCCAACAGGAGUAUGAGAUGUCUGGCAAGAAGUUCAUGCAGGAGACGCUACGCCACGCCAAACACCUGCGGCCCAACAAUCUGUGGGGGUACUACCUGUUCCCGGACUGCUACAACCACGACUACAUGAAGUCCAUGGAGGGCUACACGGGCCGCUGCCCCGACUUGGAGAUGGCCCGCAACGAUCAGCUGGAGUGGCUUUUUGCGGAGAGCACGGCGCUCUUUCCCUCCAUCUACUUGCGCAAAAUGCUGACUCUCACUUCCGCAGCACGGCUGUUUGUGCGGAACCGUGUGAAGGAAGGGAUGCAUCGGGCUUCAUCCAGCGACGAGGUGGCACGUCCUGUCUUUGUGUACGUCCGGCCCGUCUACGUCGACUCUCCUCAAUACAUGCCAGAGUUUGACCUGGUGUCCACCAUCGGGGAGAGUGUCGCUCUGGGAGCUGCAGGAAUCAUCAUGUGGGGAGAUGUAGCGCAUGCAAAAAACAAAACCGCCUGCUCUGAGCUGAACACGUAUCUUCAGGGCACACUGAGCCAGUACCUCCUCAACGUCUCCACGGCAGCAGAACUCUGCAGCAAGAUCCGGUGCGGUUCCCACGGCCGCUGCCUUCGCAAAGAUCCGGACAGUGAUGUUUACCUUCACCUCAACCCCCGCACACACCGCAUCCAGAGGCGAAAAGGCAAACUGACGGUCACCGGCAAGCUGAGAAAACCAGACAAGAUGCUUUUUGAGACAGACUUUCAGUGCCAGUGCUACAAGGGCUUUGAGGGAAAUGGCUGUACUCACAAAGACCCGCCGGACCAAAAAGGGACGGCGACUCGAACCAGAACAUCAGCGCUCCAGUGUGUCAUCAUCCUGAUAACAGUUGUGCUCCUGUGUUAAUGUCAAAUACAUCUCAGCAAACCCGCUG